AUGGCGAUGACACUGUUGGAAGACUGGUGCCGGGGGAUGGAUGUGAACUCCCAGAGAGCUCUGUUGGUCUGGGGCAUCCCAGUGAACUGUGAUGAGGCUGAAAUCGAAGAGACCCUCCAGGCUGCGAUGCCCCAGGUCUCCUACCGAAUGCUUGGGAGAAUGUUCUGGAGGGAAGAAAAUGCGAAAGCAGCCUUAUUAGAGCUCACUGGCGCUGUAGAUUACGCCGCGAUCCCCAGGGAGAUGCCGGGCAAAGGAGGGGUCUGGAAAGUGUUAUUUAAGCCCCCAACUUCUGAUGCUGAAUUUUUAGAAAGAUUGCACCUCUUCCUAGCUAGAGAGGGGUGGACCGUGCAAGAUGUUGCCCGUGUCCUUGGGUUUCAGAACCCUACUCCGACCCCGGGCCCAGAGAUGCCAGCAGAGAUGCUAAACUAUAUUUUGGAUAAUGUUAUUCAGCCUCUUGUUGAGUCCAUAUGGUACAAGAGGCUGACACUUUUCUCGGGGAGGGACAUCCCAGGGCCUGGAGAGGAAACCUUUGAUCCCUGGCUGGAGCACACUAAUGAGGUCCUAGAGGAGUGGCAGGUGUCCGAUGUAGAAAAGAGGCGGCGGUUGAUGGAGAGUCUUAGAGGCCCCGCCGCUGAUGUCAUUCGCAUCCUCAAGUCCAACAACCCCGCGAUAACCACUGCCGAAUGCCUGAAGGCGCUUGAGCAGGUGUUUGGGAGCGUUGAGAGCUCUAGGGAUGCCCAGAUCAAAUUUCUGAACACUUAUCAGAACCCGGGAGAAAAAUUGUCUGCUUAUGUCAUUCGUCUGGAGCCUCUGCUACAGAAGGUGGUAGAGAAGGGGGCCAUUGAUAAAGAUAAUGUGAACCAGGCCCGCCUAGAGCAGGUCAUUGCCGGGGCCAACCACAGCGGGGCCAUCCGAAGGCAGCUGUGGCUUACCGGGGCUGGGGAAGGGCCAGCCCCAAACCUCUUUCAGUUGCUGGUGCAGAUCCGUGAGGAGGAAGCCAAGGAAGAGGAGGAGGAGGCUGAGGCCACCCUUCUGCAGUUAGGCCUGGAAGGGCACUUCUGAGUGCCAGGAAAGGCAGCUUUAGUGCAGACCUAGAUCACAGCUACUUUUCUUGUCCCUGUGGGGUCUUACAGAUGUGUCUCUGAGUAGUAAAGGCUUAGCCCUGUUCCGUUGUGUUGUUUUUUGGAGGGGAAGGUUAGUCAGGCCUGAGUAUACAUGUAACAUUCUAAAAUUGUGCAAGCGAGCACCGUGAGCUACUACAAUGCAAGCGGGUCUUGCUGGCUAAAAUGCCAGGUACAGGGUUGGUUGGACACAGCGCUCAGUGCACGCUGUCAUCAUGGACAUCAUAGUCAGUUGUGAAAAACGCGAACCCAUGACACUUCCUAUUCCACACUGAAUGUGAAAUUGCAUGUUCAGAUGUUUACUCACAGGAAGUGUUCAGUAAAAGUAUGAACUGUUAGAUUACUGAUAACGCGGAUAGAUUUUUGUUUACCAUAAAUUGUUCCAGAUUUAUAUUAAUGGAAGGAAAUGUGCAUUUAUUAGCUAUUACUCAACUUUACAAUGCAAACAUCUUAUUUCUCAUCUUUAAACAUGUUGACCAGUUUAACUGAAAAGUAUGAGACUGCAAAAUGGGGUGUUAAAAAAUACUGCAGUUAUGGAGCUGUGUAAACCAGUUUCUCAUUGCAUUAAGAUACAGAUGUAAAUUGCAUGGAGAGGUUGAUAAGCACCUGUACAGUAAUUCACUCCCCCAUUUCAAAUCUUUGUCAGAGAAUAGUUCUUGUUCAUACUGAGUGUUCUAAAUUUGAAGUUAUAUAUACAAAUUAAAGUAUUUUAAAAAUUC